AUGCAACUUCCAACUGCAAGCGAUUCUCGAAACUUCUUGUGGAAGCUUUCAGAGGGGAAGAAACCAAUUCCGCCACCUGGCCUCAUCGCAGCAUACAGCAGCCAACUUGCAAAUAGGGAUUACACGGAAUUCUUGGAGCAAGUUCCCAGGAUUGCAGGAACUUGGGAUGACCAUGACAUGGGAGAAGACAAUGCAAACAAAAUGUACACAUUUAAACAUGAGUCAAAGGAAGCUUUGCUUAAUUUUUUGGGCGUGGACAAGAGUGCGGCAAUUCGAUCGCUGGAUUGGGAGGGCGUAUACUCGUCUCACGAAAUUUUUAUCGGCGAAGAUCUGAAUGUCAAGGUGAUUUUUCUUGAUUUGCGAUUGGUGACAGAGACAUGGAGCCACUUUCCGUGGGCACGGGAGCGGCUUUUUGCGUUGCUAGCGGGUUCCGGAGCGAGAACACCUAUCAUACUCUCAGGUGACACACACUUUGCAGAGUUCGCAGCAAUGCAUUGCCAGCGCCUUCCAGAAGAUUGGUGCUUGAAUGAGCCAGAGGUCCAGAGUUACUUGACCACUUUUCAGAGUCGUAGAGCUGGGAAAAUGACUCCACUUCAGCAGGUCCGGCGGCUUGCAGACCCAGAUUCCGACGAACUCAGAAUAGAUGUAGAGAGUGGGCAAAUGGAAGCAACGAACGCCGACAACGAGUGCGAUUCCUCAGUGCAAUGCUGCACCCUGCCGCCUACUCAGUCCCACCUCUUUUGGUGGAUUCCUCGACACCUCCCAUUCUUUCUGUUAGCGCUUUUCCGCGCUGCAGCUAAGCCAAAUGCCUUUGCUCCAAGGCAAGAAUGGAGGCGACAACGGGCCCCAGCUUACCAGGGGGCCUUUCCGCCACCACCAUUUGCUGGUGAUCAGCCCCCAGAAAGGGGAUGGUUGAGGGAAGAUAGAUCGAGUGUGUACCUCUUCGAUAUGACGAGCAGCGGCUUAGGCCAUGGUGUACCAGAGUCGAUGUGCCGAGCGGCUCCGGCAAUGGUCGAGCUUGCUUCUUACUUCCUUACUGAGGGGGUUCCCUUUGCAUCUUCCCUGAAUGCAGACAUGACAGGCCCUCGUUUGCUGUACACGGAGCGCAAUUUUGGGGAACUCGAAUUCAUCGAGAACCCCUUGCAACUGGUAUUAUUUCAAUCGACGAAGGAAAUUCCCCGUGGUGAAGUAUGGAGGCAAGAAUAUUUACAGCGACUGUCAAAGGGCAACAGCACAUGGGGUGUUCAACUUCGUCGUGUCCGAGAGAAGAUCGAAGCAAUGCGCCGUCUCUAUCGUCAGCUGCAGCAGAAGCGAGCACUUGGCUUUCAUCGGCAGCUUACUCGCGACCAAGCCUCAAAGUUCCGUAGCCGAUUAGAAGCUUACAAGGAACAUCGGGAGCGCCUUCUCAAUGAGUUGAUAUCGAGGCCAGCACAGGAGCUGCCCAUCGUGGGACGUAUUACAGCGCUGUCACGCGAAUUUGAAGCCUUCACGGAAACAGUGCUUGGAGGGAAUGCAAUAUUUUUUUCAAGAUUGCUCCAGCUGCACUCUGCCCUGCUUUUGGCGCACGCUUGUGAUGGCGAGGACGUUGGGCAUUCGGGAAAUCGUUCGUCUUCUCGAAGCCACUUGCUAUUCAGUUCUUGCAGCUUGCUAACUCCUUGGGAAUCGAUUGUUCGUCCGCCGGAUGUUGAGUCUUUUGUAAAUGCAACUCUCCGGAGGUUGUGGGAUCGAAUAUUUGACUUGACGUCCCGCCGAGAGGCCUUUGGUAGGGCUCUCCCGUUUGGUGAUGUAGCAGUUUUGCGUCUUAGCGCUGCAGCUGAUCAGUUAAGCCCUCGACGCCAACAGCAGCGCGAAGAAGUGGAACAGCUUUUUCAGCGGGGAGUGGCAAGCCAGCCAGCUGACCCGUCCGUUUUCGCAGACCUAGGCUCCAACCUUCAUAUGGUGUGUUCUUUAGUUAAUAUCCCCGCAUUGAGCCACCCAAGCAAGCUGCCACCAACACGUUCUACUGCGCCAAAUGCUGCAUAUGUUGCUGUUAACCAUAUGGCUGGUGCGGUGGCGGACAGUUGGGUGCUGGUGGAGUUGCUGGAAACCAAAACGUGGAUCCUGUCCAGGACGUUCGACGCGGUAACAGGGCGCCUUGCGAAAGAGAAGCUCCUCUCCUCGUUUGCAUCUGAACAGCGGCAGCAGCAGCUUGGUAUUGGCCAAUGGACAUGCCAAGGAUGGAAAGGUCCCUCCGAAAGUCAAAUGUACCUGUGCCACCUCUGCAUCCUCGGUGCGUCGCUGCUUGUCCUGGGAGCCAUAAUUCUCAUUGCUGUUGUUACUCUAUUUUUCGCCUUCAGAGCAACUAUGCUGGUUCUAGCUAGCCUGGUACAACACCGCCGCAGCUGCAUCGGCGAAUAUCGCAGUAGCAGCUCUGGAGGGCAGCACAGGAAGCCUCCGCUGCGUGGCAAGAUUCUAACGCCCAUGGGGGCAGCCCUUGCUGGAGGAUUCAUGACGAUGAAAUCGGGUGCAGUCGUCAGCCCUCUUGCGUAG